AUGAAUUAUGCUCUCAGUUCGCCUUUGAAGGCUAUUCAAGGUACUGCGAUUCAAGACCUCACGGACGGUCGAUUUGGCGUCCCUAAAUUCGGCCGAUCGCGCGGGUGGCCCACCAGCCUAUCAUAUUCAUCUACAACUUCAUCAUUGAAAGCUCGCGGCCUGAGGUUAUCAAGUGUCUCAAUACCAACCAAGCCAAAGUACAUUCCAAAUCAAAGGCCACCUCCACAAGUUCACAGCAGUCUGCCACAUGGCGCAACUGGACAGAACGAGAGAUCACGCAGAGUCAUCAUAUCUCGCUUUCUACUCUUGGAUGGCAAUAUCUCAUUCGUUGUUGGGACCCAGAUUGAUGGUGUUAUUACUCGUGACGCCGAAGAGGUUCCUGUAGCCAACAUACUUGACCACGUCUCACCAGCAGAGAUAGAACGCUUCGAAAACCAUGACUUCUUUGCCGAAGAUGAGAGAGAAAGACUUCUGCCUCCCAGAAAGCCUCGUGGGAGACCGCGAAAAGGUGAGAGCAUAGUGCCAUCUUUCAACAUAGCUCCCAUUGGCCAAGAGACAUCAAGGGAACAAUCACUUCUACCUGAGGGUUCCAUCUCCAUCAAGAAGAAGCUUGGCCGCCCAAAGGGUUCCCACAAUCGAGGUCCGCAUAAGAAGAAGGCCUACAAACUCACGUUGAAACCAUUUGUUCUAUCUGAAACAUCGACUGCUACCAAGAAAGGUCGCGGUCGACCACCACUUCAGAAGAACCUUUCCGUUGUGAUUCCUUCCUUCGAUGGGCCCCAACCCCAAGAGCUCGAAAGUACCCCUGGCGCAGAGUCGGAAAGCGACGACAUGUUAGGCGACCCUAAACCUCAGUAUUCAAUGGUCGCUGCAAGCGGUCUUGGCCAGUCAGACACCGAAGACGUGACAUCGAGAGAUCAAUCUAUUGAUCUCGUAGCACCAUCGAAGAAAAGGCGUUUAGACACAAGCAAUGCUUUCAUUGACCUCAGUUCUGACGCUAACGGCGGCGAGGGAUCGCCACAACCAACGAAGAGGGCUAAAACACUUCCGGAGACGUCCCCAGAUCCUAUCGCCGACGACCGUGCCGCUCUACUCAGACAAUUCCAAGCCAGAGUCUAUGGCCCUGAUCACUCUGAAAAGGGCAGCACCAUUCCUCACCGACAGUCUAAACCCAGCCCCACUCCCGAUGAUAGUACCGCUCUAGUCAGACAAUUUCAUACCCAUAUCCGCUCGUCCAGCCUUGAUUCCUCAUCGUCUGACUCAUUGAUGGGACCAACUCCACGUCCGCUUAAGCCAUUACCGGCACAGUCUGUCCCAUCUGAACCGCUACCCGGAAAAACAUUACUCCCGCAAGACAACUCGGCCAAAGUUCCUGCAUCAUAUCUCAAUAACAGUAUCACGGUCUCUCACUCUCCUCGGCGUCAACCAGCCAAGGCUACGCCUGCCAAAUCGCUAUCGCCAGCCAAAUCCAUCCCGAGAAGAGUCAGCCUUACGCCCCAUUUCCCUCCGAGUACGAGCUUUAGUCAUAUCAAAUCCUUGGGUGGCUCUACAGCAAGUAAGCCUCAGCCUUCAAUUUCCUCAGCAAGUAGGCAUGCGCCUUCACAAGCAACCAAUACGACAUUCUCUCAAACAUCCAGGAUCAUGCCCUCCGCUCCAAAAAAGAGAAAGCCAUCUCCCGUGCCGGGAAGCGCUCCAUCACAUUCUUCUCAAGCCUCAUCCACAAGCAAGAUCGGCUUCGCGGGUCUACAACAAGCGAAAGACAUCACGGACUACUUUGCUCCAAAGGCUACAGUAGCGAAAGAGACAGCGAUCAAGGCUUUGCAUUCUCCAGCGUCGCAGCUACUCGACCCGGAGGACAGCGAAAGCGAGGACCAACUUGCUCGCCAAUCGUCCACCGACAGUAUCAGCUCAGGAGUCAUAGUUGUAAGACAGAAUCACGUGACACCAAGCAGUCGAGCCGUCACUGCUGAAGCCAGGCCGCAAGAGCCGUCCCACAAUCAGGCUCGAAGCGUUCUUGACGGUGCAGAGGAUGACAGCUCGGACGACGAAAGCGAAGACGAACACGGUGGCACGACCCGCGUCUCGAAUACUGCAGCGCCUGUCCCACCUACUGCCAGCCCGGCAAAGGCGCAGAGCAGCGCUGGAGCCUUGAACGAAGCAUUUGAUGCCGAGGACGACAAGGACUCGGAUAGCGACUCUGAUGGCAGUUCGGAUCAUGAUUCGGAUCAUGAUUCGGACAACAACUCGGAUCAUAAUUCGGACAACAACUCGGACAACAACUCGGACAGUUUGAGCUCUGAGGUGAUGAUCGUCAGACCGAGUUGA